UCCCCGGCCGAUGCCACACCAAAAUCCAUGCCAUACCAGAAUCCCCGGCCGAUGCCACACCAGAAUCCCUUGCCAUACCAGAAUCCCCGGCCGAUGCCACACCAGAGUCCGGUGCCAUACUGGCCGAUGCCACACCAGAAUCCGCAAGGGCAGAUGCCACACCGAGGGCAAAUGCCAGCGGAGCCAUACAUACCCCCGCCGCCCGUGCUAGACGUUUUACAAGUACUCGAAUUCACCCCGGAACAACUAUUGACCCACGCCCGCCUCUUGGUCCGCACCAGCCUCUGGAUGCACGCAGUCCUCUCAGAAGAUGACCACCUUGCCAGCCUGCCCGAACAUUCGAAGCACCAACUCAUCACCAGGUUCAAGGCGUUUGUGAUACAGCUCAUGACCGACCCGAGGCAGCGUCUACCAAGGAGUCUGUCGUUUUCUUCAUACUUCCUAGACAGAGACAGGCACCUUGUUCCCGAGGACGAGCGUCGUCGACCAAGGAGUAUGUCGUUUCCUUCAUACUUUUUAGCCAGGGACUUUGACGUUUCUUGGCCAGACAUGGACACGCACGCCCAGACUCAACAAGGGGAAGAACCUCAAGAGGAAGGAUCUCAAGAGGAAUAGCCUCAAGGCGAGCCAAUAAGCCCUGACGAGGAGCAGGCGGAAGAUGGGGUCACAAACCUGCCCGAGAAUGAAGCCGAACGCACGACUGGACGGUUACCCACCAAUCAUCAAAGAAGCGUAUGAUAACCGCUAGCGGGCGUGUUCGGGUUUUUGUUUGGAAACGGACGGGAUGUGAUGAGGACGGAAUUGGGAUUCGGAUUGGUUUUUGUGUAGAGUUUUAGUAGUAUUUGUUUGCAUGAACUUGGGAAGCGUAAAAAUAGUUAGUUCAUUAGCGGUUAUGGGUUGAUCGAGGUUUUGGGAGUGUGAUUAGGUUAGGUA